AUGUCGGCUUCCAUUCUUUUCACCGCCGCCCUGCUUGGCGUGGCUCAGGCCUACACCGUCAUCAGCGCCCCCGGCCCCUUUAUGCUCAAGAACAUCGACUCCAUAGUCUUCCCUGGCCAGUAUGACAAGUCUCACCUGCACUGCUUUUUCGGCUCCGACGCCGUCACGGUCAACACGAAGACCAGCGCCGAGCUUCAGAAGGGCUGCACCAACCUCGAGAACCCCAACGACCUGUCCGUCUACUGGAUCCCCACGCCUCUCGCCUACUACAACCUCGGCGAGGCGCCCGCGGAGGUGGCCAUCCCGCAGAACCUGAAAAUGGUCGCCGGCGACGCCCAGGCCAAGACCAAGGCCCAACUGCCCGCCGAGUCCAAGGCCGAGUGGUUCUGCGAGGGCGGCGGCGGCGGCGCCCUCGAUGCCAACGGCUUCCCCAGCGCGACCUGCGGCACCCACCUCCAGCAGCUCCUCUACUUCCCGAGCUGUGGCAUGAAGUCGAUGCCGCAGCUCCGCUUCAGCAUCCGCUACAACCUCCGCAAGGUCCUCCCCAACGGCUGGUCCGGCGCCGCCGCCCCCUUCAAGCUCUCCUGCGGCCCCGCCUCGUGCGUUCCGAACCGGUUACAGGUCAUCUUCUUCGUAUCAUACUUUGGGUGUGUUUAUCUGUAA